AUUCAAUCAACAGCAAUGUCUUCGUAUCGCAGUUAUACACCUUGGAAAUCGAGUUUUGGCAGCUCCUACAAGCCAGGAAGUGCAACGUACUCCGCUGGACCCGAUUCGACUUCCAGGUACACAUCAUUGGCCACACCUAGUGCAUACAGACCCUCAUUUUCGGGUGGUACAUAUCGCAUUAAACGUGAUCCACCAGCGCCGGCGACAUCAAGUCCAGUGACUGCCACUUAUGUGAGUCGUUAUGGCAAAACUGAACCCAAAGAGGCCAUCAGUUCCAGUGACAGAAGUAGUCCAAUAAAACGGUAUACAGGAACAACCACAAGCACAUUGGGCAAAUAUGGACGAUCACGAGAUCCUAGUCCUGUGGCUUUGGAGCAUACAAGUCGCGCCAAGUCGAGGGAUCCAAGUCCAGUGAUUGACAAUGGCCGCAGCAAACUGGGUCCGUCUUAUAGGAGCAACAAUGCUUCAAGAAAUGGCUAUAGUAGUCGCUUUGGUAGCAAUUCCACCAGAAUCAAUGGCAGUUCCAGUGCCAAUACCACGCUGGACAAGUCAAUAUCAUAUUUGACAACAAGUGAUUUUCAUGCGCGGACUGCAAGUCGUGCCAAGGCCAGCAGAGAGAAGGAACUAGAAGCAGCUGAUGAUAAGUCAGCCAAAGCAGCAGCAGCAGGAGCAACUUCACCAACCACAGCAACAACAACAGAAGAGUCAGACAAACAGACAGACAAGGAUGUGACUGAAAAGCUGACGGAAUGCGAACAGCAAUUGCCAGAGGAAACAUUCGUUUCGGUUGCGGUGGUUACACGAGCAACAUCACCUACACCACCGGGCAGCACAACAGUGCAACGUACACGUCGCAUUGACAUAGCCAAAACGAUUGAGAAGACCAUACAACGCUCGACCAGACCGCGACAGAUGCUGGAGAAGGAGAUACAGUCGGAUAGGUUGGAUGACUCGACACGUUAUCUGCGCUACAGUGCGGGCAGCAGUAGCCUAAGCUCCAAUUACACUCCGCACAGAGAUAGGAUAAGCAAUUUGCGCUACAGUGCCAGUCCAAUGUCCAGCAAAUCAACAACCACAUCGCCAUCGCCAUCGCAAUCGGUUUCGGUAUCAGCAUCAGCAUCGGCCCCAGGAUCGACAGGAGCAGCCGCAAACGGAGAGAGUAAAUCACAGAGUCCGUCAGAGUUAGUUAAAACAAAUACAAAUGGCUCAGUUAGCUCUAGAUCGACAAGUAAAUCGAAAUUGUCACCACCCAAGGCGAUACGUUUGAAUUCGUCGCGUCAAUCGUCUGUGGAGAAUCUGGCCAACAAACCACCGGCGGCGCCCAGUAAAGCAGAGUCACCCACCAAAACGGUCAAUAGUUCAACAUCGAGUAAUUCUGUAGUAAAAUGGCCAAACAAGGACUUUCGCAAAAGCUCAUUGAAUGUGGGUCCUACAGAUAGACCGCGUAAAUCACGUACACCAAGCAGUGGUGCCGAGUCCGAGGAUGUGGCCAAUGGCGGACAACUUGAACGUUCGCCCAGUGCUGGCUCUGAGAGCAGUCUCACAUCGGCCACGGCAUCGGGUUCGGGUUCGGGGACGGGUACAGGUUCACCCUCAGCUGGGUCCAACAAAAAAGUAUCAACAAAACCACCAAAUCGCCAACUAAAGGCACACAAAUCAUGUGCACCCACGCCAAAUGCCAUAGAUACUGCCUCAAGCACUGCCAACACCGCAUCGUCCUCCGCAUCGGAGAGUGAACAGCGCGGGAAAACAACGAAAAAGCAAAGCAAGAAAAAGACGCCAAACAAAGACGCGACGAAGGUCGUCAUCAAGCAGCAGAAGCAUCAGGAACUAAUACAGGGAGAGGGGACAGCGACGACGACGCCGACGACGAGGACAGGUGAUGCUGCCGGCCAAUUGAUUAACCAAAAUAGCCACAGUGGACAACAUACCCAUACUGACUCACGAUCUGUGGAAAAUUCGUUGCCAGCAUCACAAUCGCGAUUGCAGAAGCUCUCGUCGGUAUCGAAUUUUUUCGCCACACGUCAGCAAGACGCAAAUAGUGAGCCGAUCUUCCUCGAAAGCUCCGACAGCUCUGGCGAGGUGGAGACUCUCGGUGGGCCAACAAUCAGUCUAAUGACAGAUAUUCAAACGAACGAAACAAGAACGACGCCAUCGAGCGAAACGACGACGACGACGACGAAUCCCUCAUUGAAAUCAAUCACAAAUAACACAUUGAGCUCCACCACAAGGUGUCCCAGAGAGACGACCAGCACCCAGGACACACAGGCCACUGAGAGUCAGGGACAAACCACCUACACCUCCGAACAGGAUCCCGAUCAAGAGGAGCCCAGUUGGUGGCAAGAUACUAGUCUGCAAAUCAAUACGGCUUCAGCCCUAGACUACAAUAAUCGUGGCGAUAUGCCAUAUAGAUUGAGACACAUUGAUUCGGGUGAGGAUCAUGCCUGGUGGCUGCGACCAGAUGAAGAGGACGACACCCUGGCCGAGGAGACCCUCAAUCAACUAGAUGACGAGCCAGAGCCAUCAACUGAGGGCAAUGGCAAAUUAAUUGGUUGGUGGAGCAAAGAUGACAACGAAACGACAAUAAACGGCUUGACGCCCAAUGGUCAUAGCAAUGGCCUAGACACCGAAUCAAGUCAUAAAGUCAAAGCCAUGCCACGUAGUCGCAUUUCGCCAGAACAUGAUGCCUGGUGGCUGGAUGCCGACGAAGAGGCCAAGGAUGAGGCGAAUAACAACAGUCACAGCAAUAAGAAGAACAUUGAAGGGAUUAGCCAGCAGAGCAAACAAAAUGGUUUCUCAGGGGAUGAGAAUAACAACAAUGAACCACACGUUGAGAUUACAAUCAAAUUGCCCAGCAGUAGUGAUCGCAGUUCGAAGAGCAUUCAGGAACCCAAACACUGGUGGAUGUCUGGGCCCACGAAAAAGCUAUUCAAUGUGCAACGGGUGGAGUCGGGUGAACGUGCCUGGUGGCAGGAGAAGGAUAGUGAUGGAUCAGCAACAGCAGCAGCAGCACCACCAGUUAAACCACCAACCCCACCGCCACGUAUUAUCAAACAUUGGGAAUCCGGUGAACGGGCCUGGUGGCUACAGCAGGAUGAACAGGAAACGGAUAAACCAAACAAUGACGAACUGCUGGGCCGUGAUGAGACCGAUCGUGCUUCCAUUCACAAUGAAAUGCAAGAUGCCCCCAAUGAGUUAAGCAGCUCUUUCAAUUUCACCUACUCGGUGCGCCCACCGCCGUUGGGGCAAUGCGCCAGCCCCGUGCCGCCUGAACAGCGUUCACAAUGCGCUUCGCCCUACGAUAACAUUCCAAUGUCAAAAGUUCAAAUGCCAGUGCCACAGACAACAACAGCAGCAUCGGCAACGGCAACAACAAUGCCGGCCCCGACUUCCGCCUCGUUGCAGGUACGACGAUCCUCUGGUGAAAAGCUUUUCAUUUCGCGCCAUCAGAACAUCGAUGAGCUUUUGGGUGGUGCAUGUCGGCCCCUCAGUCCGCUCUUCUACAACAGUGGUGGCAAUGCGACAGAAAGUGAAGCCACCACUCCGUUGACGUUGGCCCAGAAGAAUAUGUUCCUCCUCGAAGAGAUCACCCCGGAUCAAGUGCGUAUCCAUGACAGCACCGCUCAAUUGCCGGUCAUCCAGCGCAUGCAGCGCGAUGUGGAAUGGUUGGAGAAUGGCAGCAACUUUUACGAACAACCGAAACAACAUCGUCGGAUCGAUGAUGCUGCCAUUCAAGUGUAUAAGGACGGUGACUAUGGAGCCUAUUUGGAUUUGGAAUCAUCGUUGGCCGAACAGGCCGAGGAAAUUGAGGGCCUCAAUGCUAGUCGCAAAAACUCUUUGGUAGUUCGUACUCAGCUGAGUGUACGCGUUCAUGCGAUUAUUGAGAAACUUCUUUCCGCCGAGGGCAGUGAUUUGCGUCGUGCCCUAUUCUCAUUGAAACAAGUGUUCCAAGAGGAUAAGGAUCUAGUUCAUGCCUUUGUGGCACUCGGCGGUCUUAAUUGUCUGGUACGCGUGGGCAAUUGUGCAGAUCAAAACUAUCAAAAUUAUAUAUUGCGUGCCCUGGGACAGGUCAUGCUCUAUGUGGAUGGCAUGAAUGGUGUAAUGAAGCAUGAGCCCACCAUGCAAUGGCUCUACUCAUUGAUUGCCUCAAAUUACCGAUCGGUAGUGAAAACCUCACUGAAACUUCUCUUGGUAUUUGUGGAAUAUGCCGAAUCCAAUUGCUAUGUCUUGGUCAGUGCCAUUCAUGCUGUCGAUGCAGCCCAGGGUACAUUGCCUUGGUCACACAUUAUGAGAUUGCUAAAAGACUAUGAUAAUGCCGAUGCUGAGUUAGUUAUAUAUGCCACAUCGUUGAUCAACAAGACUCUGGCCGGACUCAAUGAUCAGGAUAGUUUCUAUGAUGAGAGUGAUCUGUUGGAACAGCAGGGAAUGGAGAGUGUCAUACAACGUUAUAUGUCCAAACCAGGCACCGAUUUGGAUCUGCUUGAUCAAUUGCAGCUCUACGAGGCGGUCUUAAAGUUCGAGGAUGGUGAAUCGGAUGGCCAGCGUUUGCCUCAGAACUCUAUGCGCAAGACUCAACGCUAUCGACCGGGCUCAAAUACGACAGAAAGGCGUAAGAGUCGACGUCAUAGCACUGAUAAUAGUCCGGCACCCAUUACCAAGGUCCUGCCUACUACUGUGCUGCGUAUGACCCCAGCACAGGCCACAUUGGAUGAGGAUAGUUCCGGUUCAGCCAAUUCCACUGAGUUCAGUGGCGAACUCUUUCAAGAGAAGAAACCUCGCGAUGGAGCUGGUGUUACUCCUGGCCUGCGACGACGACGUGAACGUGCCGAACGGCACAAGAGUUUCCUUAAGGAGCAACAGGAGGCGGCUGCCAAUGGCAUUUUUGCUGCCCUCGAGCAACGUGAGGGCUUGGGCCAAAUUGUUACCGCCAUUCCUGCUACCAUACAAAGCGGUUAUAGUCCGCCGCAAUCAUUGCAAUUGCAACAACAACAGCAGCAGCCUGAACUGCCGCCAAGCCUAUCCUCAACCACCACCACCACCAACACCACCACAACCAACAACAACAACAAUAUCAACAACAACCACAACAACCAUAGCAUUUUGAGCCACUCUAACAACAACAAUGACACGCCCAACAAUAGUUUAUUGCUGCUUAGCCCUACAAAGCAAUUGCUCAGCGGUAGUCACAGCAUUUCCAUUAUCAACAAUAGCUUCGACAAGGCCAACAAUAAUAACAACAACAACAACAACAAUAAUAAUAUGAACAACAACAAUAACAACAACAAUACAAACAAUCAAAAUGAGUUCCUUACCAAGAAGAAUUUAUUUCGCGAACGCAAUGCAACUGUGAUCAAUGGCAUCAUGAAGAAUAUACAACAAACAACAGACAGUGCCUACAAAAAAUAUGAGAACGAUGCAAAUCGUUUGAAUAACUAUUACACGCAGCUAAGUCAAUCGCCCAAACAUCAGCCAAUACCAACAACAGCAACAACAGCAGCCACAUCAACACCAACAACAAGCGAAGUGACAAGUCCCAAGAAAUCUUUAAAUGCCAGUGGUUUUAGUCCCUUACUCGAUGCUUCCAACAUGCCACUUAAAUGCGAUGAUGAGCAAAUGAUGAUGAUAACGAUGAUGAGCGAACACCAACACGAGCUCGCAACACCCCUGAGUCCCAUACGAAAGACGAUGAUUGCUCCUGUUCCUGCUGCUCCUCCUGCAACUGCAGUUAAACCGCCAAAGCCAGCAACAGCAGCGGCGGCACCACCUCCACCACCACCACCACCACCACCGCCUCCGCCUCCGCCAGCCAGCUGGUGGCAUGCUCCUCCCAACUUCCAAACAUUUACACAGCCAAUGGCAGCUAAAAUUCUAACCAGUACUAACCCAGAGCAGACGCUGACGUCAACGCAAACAGAUCUCGAUAAUGAUGGCGAUAAACAAUUGCUGCUGCAACUGAAACGUGAUCACACUGUCAAGGAUCUAACACAGAAACUGAGCAAUUUACCCAGCAGUCCCACACAUCCAGAAACGGGAAUGGGAACAGGAAGUGCUAUGGGAAUGAUUAAUAAUCGCGCCAAUAUAGUCGGUGAUAUGUCCGGCCUGAUAUCAAAAGCCAAAGAGGGUCUUGCCAAGAGCAAGAGCAAAGGUGAAAUAUCUCGCUCAUCGAGCGUGGAUCAGGAAUUGAAAAAGUCUGAGCCGAAGAAAUCGGAAAAUGAACUCCAUUGGGAGGAACUAGUACGAAAUAUGACACGUCCAUUGAAUCUCUGCGAUUUGGACUUUACCGAUCUCCAUGAGGAUGAUGAAAAGGAUGUCUUGGCGCCACGUGGUCUUGGUUUUGGCAUACCACCGCCACCACCACCAUUAGCAGGUGGUAUAGUGCCACCGCCGAUGAUGCCAAUGCCACCACCAAAUCUAGCACCACCGCCCAUGUUUAACUAUGGCGGCGGGGCUGGCGGUGGCGGCUAUGGAGCCGGCAGCAGCCUCACAAACAGUGUGAAUAGUUCACUCAAUGGUUCCAUCAAUGGAGAAUUGGGUAACAAUACCAUCAAGAAGAACAAAAAGACGGUCAAGCUAUUUUGGAAGGAAGUACGUGAGGACAUGAUACCGCAGGUGGUGGGCAAAACCAUUUGGGAUGAGCUGCCCAAUGCCAAUGUCGAUACACAGAAGCUCGAACAUCUCUUUGAGUCUCGUGCCAAAGACUUGAUGACCAAGAAACAACAAGAGCUAAACAAGAGCAAAGAGAUUAUCGUGCUGGACCAUAAACGUUCCAAUGCCAUCAAUAUAGCCAUUACCAAAUUGCCGCCACCGCGAGCCAUCAAGGCGGCCAUUUUGAAAAUGGAUGCCACUGUGGUGACCAGAGAGGGCAUUGACAAGCUACUCAAUAUGCUGCCCACCGACGAGGAGCGUGGCAAAAUUCAGGAGGCUCAAAUGACUAAUCCAGAAUUACCGCUGGGCAGUGCCGAACAGUUUCUCUUGACAUUGGCUUCCAUAUCGGAGUUGGGAGCUCGCCUGAAGCUUUGGGCCUUUCGCUUAGACUUUGACAACAGCGAGAAAGAGAUUGCGGAACCGCUGAUGGAUCUCAAACAAGGCAUUGAGAUUUUGCGUCAGAAUCGCACUUUCCGUUGCAUUCUCUCCACUCUGCUGUCCGUGGGCAUUUUCUUGAAUGGCGCCCCCGUUAAGGGUUUCCAGAUCGAGUAUCUGGCCAAAGUGCCCGAGGUUAAGGAUACGGUUCACAAGCAUUCACUGUUGCAUCAUCUCUGUCACAUGGUUAUGGAGACAUGCAGUGAUACAAGCGACUUGUAUUCCGAAAUUGGCCCAAUUACUCGCGCCUCCAAGGCCGAUUUCACCGAUUUGGCCCACAAUCUGACUCAGCUGGAGUCUGAGUGUAAGGCAUCGUGGGAUCGCUUGAAACUCAUUGCCAAGCACGAUUGUCCGCCGCCAUUGAAACAGAAACUAGUUGACUUUCUGGCCGAUUGUGCUGAACGUAUUAUUAUCCUACAGAUUGUCCAUCGACGUGUGAUGAAUAGAUAUAGAAAGUUCCUGCUUUGGCUGGGCAUGCCACAGCAUAGUGUGGCCGAGUCGCGGCCCAAUGAAUUCUGUCGCACCCUCUCCGAAUUCGCCUUGGAGUAUCGUACGACCAGAGAGCGUGUGCAGCAGCAGCUCGAGAAGAAGGCCAAUCAUCGAGAGCGUAAUAAGACACGUGGCAAAUUAAUUAUCGAUAUGGCCAAAUUCAAAACCAAAGAGGAUGUUGCCGAUGCCGAAUUGAAGCAACUAUUGGGCACACCCACAGCGGAUCAGGCGGAUGGCACUUUAACCUGGCGAAGACGUCGGGCCGAGCAAUUACGUUCACCCAUUGCCCGCCAUAGCGAGGAACAGUUCACCGAUGGUGAUGAUGAGAUAUUGGAAUCUCUGGUGAAAACAGCCACCAAGGCUCCGGGUACACGUACCACGCCCAGAGAGCGUAAAAGAACGCGUCAUGCAGAUCGCAAGUCAUUGCGACGCACGCUGAAGAAUGGUCUGACCGAUGAGGAGAAACAGCAUGUGGCUGCCUUAAUACAAACCUAUUAGAAAUAUAAUUAAAUAUACCUAUAUAUAUAUAUAUAUAAUUAGUAUCAAGAGUCCAAGUCCCUUAACGUUUUUUCCUCACUCCCCCCACAACCACCCCAGUGACGUCACAAGUCGGACUAUGCGCGCACAGACUGAAAUUGGCGAUCUCACAUGAAGCAGGAUAGAUAUAUAUUCUUUACUUUCCUACCAAACAAUUUACUCCUUGCUUUCCUCGCGACCCAAAAAGGCUCUUCCCAUGAUACGGUAGAGCAGAUAAAAAAUAUGUAUCUUUAUUUACGACAAAGUGCGACGCAAUCAACGAAAAUGUCCUUAAAGCGUUUGAUUUUUUUUUUAGCUUAUCUGUUAUCUUUUUUUGUAUUUUGUAGUGG